UUGAAACCGCGUUCGCAGCAACUCCGAGACGAAGUUUUCUAUAAAGAGAUCUCUCCUUUUCUCCGUCGUCGUCUCCGAUUUGCAUCGACGCCGAGCUCCAUUUCUCGAUCAUGGCGAUGGUUUCUGGAAUUCAAGGCCAGCUUCUCGAUGUCACAGUGGUGAGAUGCAGCAAGCUCAAGGAUACGGAGUGGAUUUCCCGGCAGGAUCCCUACGUUUGCCUUGAGUAUGCCAGCACGAAGUUCCGCACGCGCACUUGCACGGAUGGAGGAAAAAACCCUGUUUUUCAGGAGAAAAUCAACAUUCCCUUGAUUGAAGGGCUCCGCGAGAUCACGGUCACUGUUUGGAAUAGCAAUACUAUCACCUUCGAUGAUUUCAUUGGAACUGGCAGGAUUCAAUUGCAGAAGGUCCUCUCACAAGGUUACGAUGAUUCGUCUUGGCCUCUUCAGUCCAAGUCUGGCAAGUUUGCUGGAGAAGUAACAGUGAUCAUGCAUUUCGCCAACGCAAAGAAAGGGGAUAAGGCAUCAUUAGCAGGACACGCACUAACUCACCCAACUCACAUGCCCACUGCACCACCGGUAGCCUCGUAUGCUCCUCCUCCUUCGUCAUAUGCUCCUGCAUAUCCCUCUUCAGUGCCGCCAGGGCCUUCCGCUGGUUAUCCUCCACCUUAUGGGGCUUACCCUUCACAACCUCCUAUGCCAUACUCGGCAGGGUACCCUCCUGCCUCAUAUCCUGCAACAUCCUAUGCUCCGCCACCAAUGCCACAAGCGUAUCCUCCUCAAACAUACCCGCCUGCUGCCUAUCCUCCACAGCCAUACCCGCCUCCCCCGCAUGCUCAGCCUUACUACCCACCAGGGUCUUAUCCAGGGUCCUACCCACCUUACUGAAGAGGAUAGCUUCAAUUGUUACAAGCGUUUUGGGAUCUCUCUAAUGGUCAUGGGCACCAUGAUGAAGACUGUAGCUGCAAUGGUUUUUCCAGUGUGCUCUUGUACAGGGCACAAUCUCAUGGAGAUUAAAAUGUGUAACAAUGAGCUUAAUGCCAACUUCUGUGUAGAUGUUCUGUUUCGAAUUUAGUGAAACUUCCAACAUUUGGCUUCAAGUUUGUAAAUUUGGCUCCAAUGUAGUGUUGUAUUAUUUUGGUCUUUGGCCUUUUUUAAUUUUCAUAUUUGCUUUUUGAGAUUA